GAACAUCCAGUGGUGGAAUACUACUGGUGGUGUCGAAUCAAUCGAUUUGAUAUCAUCAGCGAUAGAGAAUGGACAGAGAAUGAUGGUCUAUACAUAUAUAAUGCUUAUUUGGACAGAAGAGCAAAUUCGUUAUAUCCAUGGAAUGACGUCAUUCAGAUCCUUACCAUGUCAUUUCGAACGUUACGUCACCAGGUGUACUGUAACAUUUAUGAUGAGAAACAUUAUGGUGUAGUUGAGGGCUAUGCGCGUGAAAUUUGGCAACGCGGAUGGGACCCAAGGGACCAUUUCUACAUUCCAAAUUUGAUUUCGUGUCCUGUGCCGAAGAGAUUCCGCUCCUCAAAGGAACUCUACGUAUCGAUUACUUCCAUACCUUGUAGCGCGCAGCGCGUAGUCGUUCGUGUGCAUGUGGAUCAAUUAGAGCCCAAAAAGAAGGAUGCAGUGGCUGUUUGUGUGAAAGGAAUGGAUUUUCAGACGGAUGUAUCCGUGAGACUUGUAGAAUGGCUAGAAGCGCAAUAUCUUUUUGGUGCAUCAAACGUUACUAUCUACAAAUACACCGUGCCGGAGGAGGUUCAACGAGUUCUCGAUUACUUUCAAAAGCAAGGAAAACUGACACAGAUCCCUUUAACUUUACCUGGUCAUUCGCCUAAUUUACCUUUGGUAAGAAGUGAAUAUAUUGCAAGAAAUCGUCAACAGAAAAGGCGACAUGAGCUGAUACCAUAUAAUGAUUGUCUUUAUAGGUGGGUGUUCAGACAUAUUAAGUAA